CCUCUCGCGAGAACUCGCGUCCGAAGGAUGGUGUUGUGUUAGAGGGAGUGGGAGAGGAGGGUGAGGGGUACCCACAAAGAUGUUGCGUGAUUUUUUGGAAAUUUAUUUAUUUAAAUAAAAAUGGCCGCCGCAGAGAGCGGAGAGGAGAGACUAGGUGAGGACAAGAAUGAAGACCAGGAGGGCUCAAAAGACAAGACACAGAAGCAGAAGAAAAACAAAAAGGAACGGCAAGAUGUGGGAAAACUCGAGGCCACAGUAUCCGUUCCUCCACCCCCGCCCCUCUUUACGCAGGGGGAUGUCGGACAACAGACGGAGGCAGGGAAGUCUGAACCCACUGACCCUGAAGUUGGAGCUGCACUCAGCGCUCCAGAAUCUUCCGCAUCAGCCAAGCAGCGGCGCUCCGUCAUUCGGGACAGAGGCCCACUGUAUGACGACCCUUCACUGCCUCAAGGUUGGACACGCAAGCUGAAACAGCGCAAGUCUGGGCGAUCUGCUGGCAAAUUUGAUGUCUACCUGAUCAACCCAGAAGGGAAAGCCUUCCGCUCCAAAGUGGAGCUCAUGGCGUACUUCCAAAAGGUGGGCGAUACCACCACGGAUCCCAAUGACUUUGACUUCACAGUAACGGGCCGAGGAAGCCCGUCUCGCAGAGAAAAGAGACCGCCAAAGAAGCCUAAAGUGGUCAAACCCUCCGGUCGCGGGAGGGGCCGCCCAAAAGGUAGCGGCAAGGUACGGCAGGCCACAGAAGGGGUGGCGGUAAAGCGUGUAGUAGAAAAAAGUCCGGGAAAACUCCUUGUAAAGAUGCCCUUUGUUGCCCCUAAAACUGAACCGGGGGCUCCACUGGGGCAAGCGGCAGUUGCCAAAGUGCGUCGAGGACGCAAACGGAAAACGGAACAGGAACCGCCAAGCACCCCCAAAAAACGUGGCCGCAAGCCAGCAGCUGCUUCGCAGUCAGCAGUGGGGACAUGCUCGUCCACCACGUAUGUCACCGCGCCCAUUCUCACCACAGAGGCAAAGAAAAAAGCUCAGAAGGAGUCUUCCGUAAAGCCUGUUCAGGAGAGGGCACUUCCUAUCAAGAAACGCAAAACCCGAGAGACUUUGGAGGAGUUGGAGGGAUCUACCACCUCUGGAACCACACCAACGGAGACGUUUGCAAAACGACUGAUUGCAUCAACUGUGACCCCUACAGGGGAGGAGGUAGAAACGGGACAGAGGCCUCACAAGCAUCCUGGCCGGAAGCACAAAGAGGCAUCCACAGAUCCAGGGAACGGCAGCAGCGGAAGCGGCAGCGGCAGUGGCAGUGGAACGGCAACCAGCGGCGGUGGACCGAAGAGUCACAAGAAGAGAGAUCAACGAGGGCAGCAUUUUAAACACCACCACCAUCACCACCACCACCAACACCACCUGCCGGCCAUGCCGCCCUCCACCUACACUCCGCAGGCUCACCAGCUCUCCCUGGGUCACUCCACGCAAGGGGGGCCGCCGGCGCCUGUGACCAUGGAAAACGAACCCCAGGACUUGAGCACCUCCAGGCCCAGAGCGGAGCACGUGGCCUGCAGGGAGGAAGCGAGAACUGACAGCUCCUCAAGCAGGGAUGCUCAGAACUCAAGCAAGAUGGCCUCCGCUGACCUGAGAGGGCAGCAGACGACUGUGAUGGGAGAAGGCAAGGAGUUGAGAGACAUUGUUCCUCCCUCCGCCGUCCCGAGGCCGAGCCGAGAGGAAACGGUCGAGUCCAGGACACAAGUGAGCGAGCCAGUGAGCUGACUGACUAAAUGACCGAUCGGCAGCGGCUUUGUGUGUGAAGAAGCGGAGGCGGUCGCAGCGAGACGAGUGAUUUUUCGUUCUUUUUUACUGAGGAAAAAAGAAAAAGGAAACAAAAAUAUACAAAAAUGUAAACGUACUGAAACAAAAGGCAGCUGUUGUGUCUCGUUCUCUCUGUGGGUUGGACGCGGGGCGACAAUUCUCUUGCUUCCGGAUGAAUUCUCUGCUAACCUUUUUUCUUUAUGGUUUCCUUUUAUUUCCCACUAUAUCUUUGUAUUAGUAUAUCUUUAGCACUCACCUAAACCCGUUAUUCCUUUGUCAGAGCUUGUAGGAAGUAGAAACACACUCAAGUGGUAAUGGAUGCACAAGUCACACGCCAUAGUAAGUGAACCUUUCUGAUCAAAUUGCUCUCGAAAGAACUAAAAUGCCUCAUAGUCAUGUCAUCUCAACCCUAGCAAAAAGGUGUCCUAUUAGUGUGUUCUUCCUUUUGUGUCAUAAAACGAAGGGGCAAAUCAGACGCAAAGAAAGCAAACUGAAGAAAAAAGGGCCACAUUUCCGAUCUCCACCUUUCCAUUUGAGUCGGACACAGCUGUUGCAGCAUCCUCACCUUUGAAAUAAUAAACGCUAGCUUAACUCAGACAGAAAAGAACUUCCUAGUUGUGGGUUUGUGCCAAGCUGAUAUUUCCAGCCUGUUAACCUGUAAAGAUCAAUUGAAUUUGAUAGUAUUAUUUCCUUUUGCGUUGUUGGUAUUUUUAGCGCACAUAUGUAUAUUAAUUACCAGUAGUUGCGUUAAUCUAAUCACCCGUUUCGGAGGUGCCUGAGAAAAUGCAACUAGAGCGGAAAGCUCUUUUUCAUUUUCUUUGGUAGGGAAGAUAAAGCACAAAUGUAUUUGUUAGGGAAUAUUGAAAGCACAGUCCAGUGUAGCGUCUGGAGUAGAUGUUAACUCGCGUAAAAGAAUACGAGAAAAGAAAUUUGUUACGUUUACCUGCUUUUUUUCCAUUAAGUACAAUUUAAAUAGAGGCCUUGUGUUCUUGUGACACAAAUCCCUAACAAAAAAAAAAAAAGCAUACCAUUUCAAAUGUAGCUUUUGUUUUUACUGUGUGUGGUUAUAGACUAAUACCAUAGAGCUGCUGUUCUAAAAACGAUUCAGACAAGAAAGUUAAUAGAUUGCUAUAUUUAUAUAAUGUCUUGUCAGGCUGUAGCUGUGUGAAAUGCAUGGGUUGCUGAUGUUUGCGUGCUUUGCGUGCUAUUUAUUACAGUACUCCGUCAUUGUCUUUACUAUACAUACAGGUUUAUAAAGCCAGGUACAGCACUAUUGAGGAGGGUUAAACGUUUUAGAAACGUAUAUAUUUUGAAUUACGAAAUUUUGAAUUAUGAAACAGUACUUGGCAACAAAGGAAAGGUAAACUUGCAUACAUUUUACAACACAAUGCCAUCAUGAAAUAGUUCAAUUAGUUUUCUAAUCUGAACUCUUCAAAAUGACAACAUUUUGCAGUCAGAAAGAAGGACUGCACAUCAUGGCUGCAUGUAUCAAUUUUUUUGCAAGUGGUUAGAUAUUUAAAGAGUGUCUUAGUAAUUAACUAAUAUAUAUAUAUAUAUAUAUAUAUAUAUAUAUAUAUAUAUGAUUAGGAUAGGAUUAAACUUAAACCUGAAGAAAUUUUGAACCAAACUGAGGAAGUUCUUCUUUGUUGUUUAUGUAAACUUGUUUAGGAUUUUACAGAAACUUUACAGCACUUUUUCUGUUCCAUUUUCGUUUCUUCUCCUACAUGAAAUGCACCUUACUUUUAAGACACUUUUUUUGGAAUUGUGAGAAGCAUAAUUUUUUUUCUUUUUUUUUUUUUGCAUAUAUUGUUCUGGUUAGCCUUGCACAGACUUCUGUUUCAUGUCCGGAGGUUGUACCUUUCUUCAGAUGUGUGUUAGCAUAGGAUGCAUGUUUAAUGUCAUUAUAAAAAGCCAUUCUUUUGUUUAGUUUUGCUUUCUCUGUAAAAACACCAAAUCAUAAAAGUAGCACAUAACGGCUACAUUUCACUUACAGUAUUUGAUAUCACAUAUUUAUGGCCAAUAAUGGGGUGACAAAGACAGUAAAGUUAGUAAAUCUUCACAGACCCCUGAAUCCAAUGGCAUCACAAACUAAUAUUUUAUAUUCUAGAUAUUGCAGUUGUUGUUUUGAAUAGUCCCAGAGUUUUUCCCCAAAGUAUUCUGUUAGUUUUGUCUGUGAAUUAAAUCUCAUACAUUUAUGGUUAUUGUAGCUUGGGUGAUGGAUGUGCAUUGUCACUGACAUAAAUGCUGAUAAAUGUAUACUACUAAACCUUAAUCAGAGUCAUAACAGACAGUUUUAAAUAACACUCAGCACUUGUUAAAUCUUUUUGUCUGUUAUUUCAGCUAGAGUAAGAUGUUUUUGAUUUUUGCUGUCGAUUAGGAGUUCAAGAGAGAACUUACCGGUCAAGUGUGCUCUAGGUAUCUUAAAUCGUUUAAAGAAAAAAUAUUAUUUUUGGUCUCUAAAUGUAUAGAUUAAAUUAGAAUCGACAAUCGCAAGGAGCGUCGCAUCUUUUCAUUUCUUAUUAAGAACGAAAGUGUCUCCAUUCUCUUCCUCCAGCCCCCCCCGCUCCCUCGACCCUCACCGGGAAGAGGCACAGAGAAUAAAAGAGCGUUUCCGCUCGGAACAAGGGCUAUGUAAUCAUUUCAAGUAGUCAAAAGCAGAUAAAGGAAAUGGAUCACGUCAGAGGAACGCAGGGUCCGGUCCUCGCUGUAAAAGCAAACUCAGUUAAUUGCUUGAGGUCUAACAAGAGACUUUAAGUGUUGUCAAACACCACCGGCUCGCUCUCUGUCCUCGUCAGAGUUAGAGCGCUCACUUAACCGGCGGCUGACGUCGCGAACGUCUCCCCGGUCUGACUAAACUCGAGCAGGAGAAUGGAGGUAGCAGAAUGGAUUCCUUUAACUUGAGCUCAGCAAGCACAUUCUCAGUGUUACAGGUUAAGAAUAACGCAGAAGGAAAGAAACCUCCAGACAUGAAUUGAAGUUGCGACAACUCUUAGUUUAAAGCGCCGACUCACAAGCUGCAUCAGUCUGGCUGAAACAGAAAGGGUAGUGCCUUUAUUUUGGGAGACUUACUAAGGUGGUAGAAGUGACCUUUGAUUCUAAAGAAACACCUUUAUCCCAUUGAAGUAACACGGGAGGUGAAUUUACUCAAAUGCUUGGAUUUUAUUUGGUCAUUUUUCAUAGGUAGGACGUGCACUGGUGUGUGUGUUGUAACUAGAGGUUUCAUUGUUGUACAUUUUUCUUUUUUUUUUCCAUCAGCCGGACCUUUGUGCCCACCUAGAAAUGAUGUAUUGUUAAAAGCCCUCUGCUUUAUGAACUUCUUGCCUUUUGUAGCGCUCAAAGCCCACUGACAAAAAUGGAGCCCUACAAAUGGGUAAAGACAGAAUAAGAAAAUUACUUUUAUUAUUUAUAUGUUGGUUUGUUUGUUUUAUUUUCUUGUUCGUUUGGGUUAUUUGUGCCUCUGGCAGUGAAAUAUGCUUUGGAAUGUCCUUGUGUCCCUGUAGCCAAAAAUACAUGCUAUGUACGUGAACAUGUAUCAAUAUGCAUGAUUGCCAUUAGAAGAUAGGACAUUGCUUGCCCUUUACUAUUAUAUAUAAGAUGUUUUCAAACAGCACUCCAAGAGCUGAGCCCAACCGAAUCCGAAGGUUUUCAUGAGGUAUAAAAUGUUGAAUGUGUUUGUUCAAUGAAGGCUAGCUGUGCACUUCGGUCUGUUUAAUAUGAACAGAUUUAUUUCAUUGAAGUACUUGUUUUUUGUUUUAAUGAUCUAAAUGGUAGCUGAGUUUGGGCCUCCUAUGCCGCCGUAUCAACAAUUGUAGUGGCUAGAGUAAUUUCUGUGUUAGAUUUAUUUUUAUUAUUAUUAGCAUUUUUUUUUAUUUUAUUUUUUUUUAUUCUAAAUCCAACAUUGGAAAUAGACCAUUUUAUCUUGAUAGCAAUAGUAUGAUAGUAUACCCAGCAGAUCCGAUAUGAGUUUUCUCCGUUAGUAUGUCUUUGAUUUGUGUACUCUGUUAAACAGUAGAACUGAAGUAAAAGAAAUUUACCCUUAUAACUAAAAUGCAGCACUUUGAAUCGUGCAGAAGGACAAUUUAAAGUCAAAUGAAACAGAAGUUAAACUAUAAGAAAUAGAUUCCAGUUCCACCGUGGUAGAAAGUUCAUGGUCUAUUUAACAUAGUCUUGUGCCUUGAAGUUUCAGUAAUAGAAUUUAUCUUUAUACUGUAGUUGUAUUUUUAUUCCGAGUCCUGUGUUUGCCUCUUGUUGGUAUUCAGUGCUUUGGAUGUAUUAAGGAUUUAUAGAAAUCAAGAAUAUGUUUGCCUUGCUUUAUUUUCUUAAUUGAGGAAAAAAAGGAUAACAUUAUAGGAAGAUGUAUUUGGGCAAUAUUGAUGAUGUAAAAAGCUAUAGGAUUUUGAUGUUUUUCAUCCCUGAUAUGUUGAAUGUUUCACAGAUUAAUGAGUGACGUGUGUUUGUUGGGAAAUAUUCUCCAUUUUAACAUGACCAUAAAAAAAAAAAAAACUUGGCCUCAAACAUAAUCUUCCAAUCACAUGACACAAAAAAAUACUUCAACCUUGACCGGAAGGACGAGUCUAAGAUCUGCACUUUAUAAAGUAUGUUUCCCGGCAGGACACCCAUUAACUUUUUGUAUGUAUUUUUUACCUUUGUCCAAAGCUGUUUUGUUUUCAUAUUAUUUUUUAAUUUAGUUUUAAAUAAAAGGGAUGGGUAGUAUGUAUGUAAAAAAAAAAAAAAAAAGAAAAAAAAGAAAAAAAAAAGUUAUUUUAACCAAACAAUCCUACAGACUAGGUGUCAGUGGUUAUUCGCCAUCUGCCAAGCUAAGUCCUUGCCUUCCUGAAAGUGAAAAGUAUAGUUUGUGUCUACUUUUAUAGUACUGUGUUACUGUAUCAUUUGUUUGCCGUAUGUAACAGAUACACAAUAGUAAACAACAUUUACCUGC